CCACUGUGUGUAGGGUCUCUGCACCGUCAGGCAUAAAAGCGCUUGUCGAGUCGUUGAUGGUUAGCAGCAUAGCACGAACCUUUCCACGGUUUAAUUCACAUAUUUAUGAUAUUUAUCUUGGACUACCGGGCGCAUGUUUUUGCUGGUUGAACAAUCUCAAACCUCGUAAUUGAAGUGUAUCCCGAGGCAUGUAGUUAGCGUGUUGGCUAACGUUACCGGCUUUGCGCCAGGGCAGGAGUGAAGACCAAUCAAUCACCGGGUACCUUCACCGCUAGUUUUUGUGUAACGGUACAGUGUGGUGCUGCUGAGGCAAGGGAAAAAACGCAGCGGUCACCGGUGACUGGAUCUUGUGGCGUGAGCACUAAUGCAGUCUAGAAAACACGGCGAAUCCCAGUCACCGGUGUAAAACACGGUGUGUAAAAUACAUCUAGUAGCCCUCGAACCAGAUUAUAAUAAUAGAUAGGUCGCUAGCGUGAUAGCAGGACAAGUGCAACGCAAGGAUGUUGCAAGUGCUGGCUUGCGGCGUCGUAGUUUUUCCCGGUCUCUUCUUCAUCUUUCGGAAAGUACUCCCUUCCAUUUUCAAACAGUGGACCGAUGCCGACGUUGUACUGGUCAGCGAGAGGCUGGUGUCCUCCAUCCACGCCAUCAUGGCCACCACGGCGGGUGUCGUCGUGGUGUCGGCGUGCAGUGGUAACGUCAUGACUGACAGGUACUGGCUGGCCACCUACUUUGUCAUCUGGUACGGCGUGCCCUACAUGACAUACGAUAUCUAUGCCAUGUACCUAAGCCACUACUACCGCUUCCGGGUCAAGGGCCACGAGGAGUACAAGGAGCACUCGCUGACCACGGUCAACUCGUUUGUCCGCCGCGAGUUCCUACUGGUGCUCCACCACAUCGCCCUGCUCACCAUCCUGCUGCCCGUCACCCUGUUCUUCAGGAGGGACCAGGGAGACUACUUCAUCGGCUGCCUGUUUCUCACAGAGCUCAGCACGCCCUUCGUCUCCUUAGGGAAGAUCCUCAUCCAGGUGACACACACCUCACAAUCUGGGUCUGCAGGACUGCUGGGUCCACAAGGCCAAUGGGGGCAUGGUGCUGCUCAGCUUCUUCCUGUGUCGAAUCGCCCUCUUUCCCUACAUGUACUGGGUCUACGGCCGCCACUACGGCAUCCCCAUCUACGGCGUGCCGUUCCAUCUGACGCUGUCGGUCAACCUGGGCAACUUAUGCAUCCUGGCACCGCAGGUCUACUGGUUCGUGCUGCUUUGCCGCAAGGGCUGGCGGCUCUACCAGCGCCAGCGUCGCGCCACCGCUGCUGCCGGCAACCAGGACUCCUCCCCCCUGCCCCCACCUAGCCCCUCCCUCACGGACAACCAACCCAAGGGAGACCAUUAGAGCUGGAGAGCUCACUCCGUCACCAUUGUGCUCUCUCGGAUCUUUCUUGGUUCUCUCUACUCUAUCUGCGCUCGAGUCACACAAAAACGAACCACCAUUGACUACUACUUACUACUACUACUGCAAAGGCACUAUGGCUACUCACCACAGUCUCCCCAAAACUACUACUACUACUAUUAUCACUACUUCUACUACUACUAUCGUUACUACUAUGAUUACACUAGCUACUGCUCUUCCACCCAUGCCCAGUCCAAGCGAUACUGAUGAUGAUUUUUGACCCCCCUCCUUAGAUCUUUGGGGGGUUCCUACCCCCCCCCCUUCUGGAUUAUAGGGACUGGACAUGGUUAUAUUUGGAGUGCUACAGUGGAGUUUCCCGAAAGGAUAUGAAGAAGACUGAGAAUGGAACUCCUGGCUUUUUUCGUUGGGGGGAUUGGGGGGGGGUCUUGCUUCUUCCCCCAUAUUAUGUGACCUGUGCAGUGUUGAGACACUCCCCCAGCCUCGCCCCCUGCCCCUCUAUUACUAGAUCUGCUGAUUGGAGGGUCUGUUACAGUGUAGAUGAAUGUGUCUGUAGAAUUUCUUGAUUUGUUCUAUUUGGUGUCAAUGAUUUUUAUGUGUCAAGUUUUGAAGAUCCCCAUUUUAUGACGUGUUUGUCCACCCACCCAGUCCUGAUCUUUAAAAGACCGGCGGGAAAGGAGGAGAAGCGGGGUAGGGGGCUAGGCAUGCAGAUAGAAAUAGUGACAAGGCUGGGUGGAGGGACAAGGGGUGGGUUGGAGGGGUGGGAUGGAUAUUUACAAACUAAGCUAGGUACGGGUGUCACCUCAUCCACAUUUGAAGGAGACAAUGAAGUAGAAAUGUUUUCUCCAAGCUCUUUGCACCAGCAUAGCUACACAAAAAACCCAUUUAAUGUGAUUGGAUUGUGGAACCCCACUCUCCUUUAUCCACUUUGACACCUCCCAUUGUCCUUUCUCCUCAUUUGCCUGUCUCUAUGGCUGCUGCCGCUGGCCAAUCGGUGCGCCUGCAGCGCUCCCGUCUUCCUCCUUUGUUGUUUAUGGCCCAACAGAGUUCUGUGUGCUGCCCUGCUGCGUCUGUUUACAGUAAGUCUAUAAGCCCCACCCCUCAGUGUCACACAGGGGGUGGGGCAUCACAAGCUCCACCCCUCCCCAGAGAGGGGGAGGAGCCUCUAUAUUAUGCGCUGUGUCCUCCCUGCCUAAAGGGGGAGGCUUAGCAAAAGAUUAGUCCGUAUGUUUACACACGCAGGACUUCUCAGAGACGGAAGAGGAAGCGAGAUAUCCCACUCCCUCAUUUUUUUCUGUUUCAAUGGAAGUCCACGAACGAGGUAGACCAGACCCAGCUGCUAUUACAUUGGUGUCUAUGGGAGAGCCACCCCCUUAAGUACACCUGAACUGGGAAAAAAAUGAUCUUGUAAACGGCCUGAGUGAACUAUCUUCAUUUAUCCACCAUCUUUGGACUUCUCUGGGAGCGCUGCAGCGGCAUUAGAAGGAAUGGGGUAGGUUGUUUAGUACCGGGUUCGGCUCGGUUGCUACAGCGACAACUGAAGCUGCUUUUAAUUGGUGGAGACACAAGACUUUAUGGUCACUCGAGGUCAAGUUUGCCGGGUGUGGGUGAUUAGGUUCUUCUGUUAGAUACAUUUUGCCCUCCGGCAAAAGGUGUCAGGGGUACUUCUGUUAGGUCAAUGCUGCCCUCUGGCAAAGGGGUCUGGGGGCCACAUGGGAGGGGCUUGUAUACCACUGGGCGUCCCAUUUAAAGUGGAACUGACACCGUUUUAACUACUUUGCCUAUAUGAAACAGACAAUCAUAAUAUCACUCCAAAAUAUCAAAUUCCCAGUUUAUCCCUCAAAACCAACUUUAUAAGAGGUUAUUUUAAUAUAUAUUUUAUAUGUAUAUAU